CACUCGCCCCCUGUCGGAUCAGGGCCAGCCCAGCCGAUGCAUAAUAAUGACCGCGACCCCGCCGCUCCGAUCUGGCUGCAGAGAUGGGCUGCUCGAGCUACCGACUCGCAGUUCAAUGCCAUCGCAGGUGCCAUCGGUGGCUUCACCUCGGGCGUCGUGACCUGCCCGCUCGACGUCAUCAAGACCAAGCUGCAGGCACAGGGAGGCGUCGCACGAGCCGAAAGAGCCGGCAGCACCGCGAAGAUGUACAGUGGGCUCGUGGGCACCAGCCGUGUCAUCUGGCAGGAGGAGGGCAUCCGUGGCAUGUACCGUGGCCUGGGCCCGAUCGUGCUCGGCUAUCUCCCGACCUGGGCUGUGUGGUUCACCGUCUAUAAUGAAGCCAAAGUGGUGGUCAGCCGAUAUUGUGACAACGUCCACGUCAUCAACCUAUGGUGCUCCAUCAUUGCGGGCGGCUGUAGUACCAUCGCGACGAACCCCAUCUGGGUCAUCAAAACGCGGCUCAUGUCGCAGAGGCACAUGGGUGACAGGCCGGGCAGCUCGCCCGCGACCAAGACGGCAAGCUCGACCUCCUCUGCGCUCCAUUACCGGUCGACAAUCGACGCGGCCCGCAAGAUGUACUCGACAGAAGGGCUCGCCUCAUUCUACUCGGGCCUGUCGCCGGCCCUGCUAGGGCUCUCGCACGUGGCAGUCCAGUUCCCGACAUAUGAAUAUCUCAAGAUGACGUUUACCGGCCAGGGCAUGGGCGAGGCCCCGGCACCCGGCCAAGGAUCCCACUGGAUAGGCAUCCUCUCGGCGUCGGUGCUGUCCAAGAUGAUGGCCAGCAGCGCGACGUACCCCCACGAGGUGAUACGGACAAGGCUCCAGACGCAACGACGGCAACAGCUCCCGUCUGGUGGCGGAGGCGGACCGAAGUACAGGGGCAUCGCCAUGACGUUCCGGACGAUCCUGCGUGAGGAAGGAUGGCGGGCCUUCUAUGCCGGGCUGGGGACGAAUAUGACGCGAGCUGUCCCCGCGGCGACGGUGACGAUGUUGACGUACGAGUUUGUCAUGAAGCACCUCAACAUGGCGCGAGAUGCGGGGAGGGCCAUGAUACAGGAGGAGCCAAGGCUAUGA